AUGAGCGUGGAUGCUCUGGGGAUCCCAGUGAUGGACCCUGCUGCACUCUCCAGGCGGAACACGGCGCUGAGAUUAGUAGACUUGGCAGGGGCUUCUCGCAACCACGGCCACCACCCCCCCGAGAGCAUGACGGGCUUCCCGGGCCUCGCCGGGCACCCCCGCGCCACGGCCGCGCACCCGCGGGAGCCCGCCGCCGAGGCCCGCCUGGGGCCGCUCCGGCCAGAACACAUGGGGCACCAUCCUCCUCCUCAUCCUCCUCCUCAGCAUCACCCCGCGGCCCUUAAGCUCAGCCCAGCCCCUCAUCCCCACCACCAGCUCCACCACCACCACCACCACCACCACCAUCAUCAUCAUCAUCAUAUGGCAGGCCAAGCUGAGGUGGUCUCUAGUCAAACAGGAGCGUUUGGCCCGGCGCAGUCAACAGCAGUCCCUUACCCCGUCUCUCACCCAGCCCAGGCUAUUGCAGCAGGUAGGGACUUUUUCAUACGCAGAGACCUGCCGGCCCCAGUCAUGCCAGGGCUGACCGAGCAGCACCCCGCUGCAAGUUCUCACCACGGACUGUUUGUCUCAACAACAGGUAGCUGCCCUGGACACCAUGGUCACCAUCACCAUUCAGAAGCUGGGAAUCCCUCUCUGUUCGCUGGACUCCAUGAGCAGCCUCCCCAUGCAGCUCCAGGUGGCCAUCUAAACGGACAGAUAAGACUGGGGUUACCUGGAGAAAUGUACGCCAGGUCUGAACAUUUCACUCAAGUACCAGCCUCCAGGACAGAUCCUUUUGCUGCUUCUUCGCUUCAUAGCUACGGUGGCAUGAAUCUGAACGUGAAUCUGGCUCCACACCACGGCCCGGGUGCCUUCUUUCGUUACAUGAGGCAACCCAUCAAACAGGAACUCAUCUGUAAGUGGAUUGAGUUGGACCAGACUCCCAAAAAAUUAUGCUCGAAAACUUUCAGCACGAUGCACGAGCUGGUGACUCAUGUCACGGUGGAGCACGUUGGAGGACCCGAGCAGUCCAAUCACAUAUGUUUCUGGGAAGAGUGUCCAAGAGAAGGGAAACCUUUCAAGGCCAAAUAUAAACUUGUAAAUCACAUCAGAGUCCACACAGGUGAAAAACCUUUCCCCUGCCCUUUCCCAGGCUGUGGCAAAGUGUUUGCCAGAUCAGAGAAUCUCAAAAUACACAAAAGAACUCAUACAGGGGAGAAGCCGUUCAAAUGUGAGUUCGAGGGCUGUGACAGACGCUUCGCCAACAGCAGUGACAGGAAGAAGCACUCUCACGUCCACACCAGCGACAAGCCGUACAACUGCAAAGUGAGAGGCUGUGACAAGUCCUACACCCACCCCAGCUCCCUGAGAAAACACAUGAAAGUGCACUGCAAAUCCCCUCCUCCCAGCUCCGGCUACGAGUCCUCCACGCCCUCCCUGGUGUCCCCCUCCUCGGACUCCGGCCGGGAACCCCCCGCCUCGUGUUCCCACGCCGAGCCCUCCGCGCCCGCGCAGCCCGCCGCCAACCUGAGCGAAUGGUACGUGUGCCAGGGCGCGGGGGCCCGCGGCCGCCCCGCUCCCCCCGCGGCUCCGCCGCCGCCUCGCCCCGACGGGGAGCCCCGG